CUGUUACGGUGCCCGGUGGGCGUGCCGAGCAUGGAGUUGCUCUCCGGGCUGCUAGCUGCUUUUCGUGGGGUGAAGGAAAACAAAGUCCAACCCCGGAUUAUGGAGGAGAGGGCGCUGGAAGUUUACGAUAUAAUAAGGACAAUCCGUGAUCCAGAGAAGCCCAGUACACUAGAAGAUCUGGAUGUUGUAUCUGAAAGUUGUGUGUCCGUUGAAGAGGUAGCAGAGGAUUUAUAUUGUGUGACCAUUAAAUUCACACCGACUGUACCACAUUGCUCACUGGCCACACUUAUUGGGCUGUGUUUGCGAGUGAAGCUACAGAGAUGUUUGUCUUUUAAACACAAGCUGGAGAUCUAUAUUUCUGAGGGCACCCAUUCCACAGAAGAAGAUAUAAAUAAACAGAUAAAUGAUAAGGAACGCGUUUCAGCAGCCAUGGAGAACCCAAGCCUGCGAGAAAUUGUGGAACAGUGCGUUACAGAACCUGACUAACCCCAGGCAAGAGAAGGCUCCUCUGCACGUAUGAGGGGCGCAACCAUCAUUUAUCCAAGAUCAAAGGAAACCAUAAUACUGCAGUGCGUGAGAAGCAAGAAACGUAGCGUGCAGUAAGUCACAAGACGACAACUAAUGACCCUAAUAGGGUUACCAAUCCUUCUGCACCAUAGUUAUGAACAAUAGCAAUUUCCUCUUCUCUCUUGGACUGCUUCCCACAGAUGCAAAUAGCCUGAUAAAGUAUGAAAUUAGGUUUUUAUCGGUCCUCAUAUAUGCUCUUGGCAACUGGUUGGUACAGAUGCACUGAUCAUCAUGAAUAAACCUGUGAAUAUGCCCAAGUAAUAAGUGAAUUGAAGCACUGUGUAGCUGUGUAUCAAAAAAGCGUAUACAGGUAGAAAACCCUUUAUCCAAACUGCUUGGGACCGGAUUUCCGAAUAUUUGCAUCGUUAAAAUAGGACAGUUUAGAGAGGGGAUGGAACUAAAUGUAUACAACAUCGUAUGUCAUUUAGGCAAUAUUUACAUGUCACAAUACAGCUUAUAUAUGAAACCUAAAGGUAGUUUUAUAUCAUUUUAAUACUUUUGUAUACAUAGUUCUAUCAGAAACUGUAUUUUUUUUAUCAUUCUGUUAAAAAAAACAAAAACAAAAAAUUUUGGAUUUCAAAUAAGUUUGGAUUUUGGAAAUUUGGAUUUGGGAAUAUGUACCUGUAGUCCCAAUUGGUGAGACUUCCUUGUGAAGUAUCACAGAUCGUAGCUUAUAUAAUUUUUUUAUACACAGUUACACCGUGUUUGUGAUUCACUUAUUACUUGGACACUUUUUUUCUUUUUAAAGGAACGCUCACUGUUAAGUGAUAUAUAUUAUUUUGUAUAGUUAAACCUGUCAAUAUGUCUGGACCACAAGGGGUUAUCUGAGGAGAAUACUGCUCAUGUAUAGGUAUGAAAAAAAUAACUGGUGACUGGAUCUCACCAGUUGUAUUAAACUGUACUGUACAGACAGAAUCAAAUAAAAUAUUUGACACCACUUA